CCCAUGCACUAAAUGUAUUAUCAUCUUUUUCAGCGUUGAAGUUCUUGUUGUUUAUCUUUGAUGCGUGCUGAGUGGAGAAUCUAGACUGGAAAUCACGACGUGAAGCAACAACCAGAUACAUCAACAUCACUAUCCAUGACCACUGAGACAAAAAAAAUUUAUGGUGCGGUCCUCUCACGGUCUCGUCACGCGCUAUGUGACAAUCGUAGCUUGCUUGCUGCUCGACGGUUUCGAAGCAGGAAGUGUGGCGAAAAAGCAAGACGCAGCUGCAAAGGAGGUGAAGAAGGCAAAAACUACGCCUUCGACUGCGAAAGCAUCCCCGUCUGAUGCUGGCAAAAGAGCUACUGGAAGUACAAAGACGAGCAAGAAAAAGGAUGAGGCGAAAAAUAAGCCCACAAAAACAAAUGCUGCAAGAAUAGGUGACGCAGUGAGAAAAACUACAAAUGCUGCAAGAACAGGUGACGCAGUGAAAAAAACUACAAAUGCUGCAAGAACAGGUGACGCAGUGAAAAAAACUACAAAUAGAGAAAACAAGGCAAAAGAAAACAAGUCCACAAUUGCCAAGAUCAAGGAGGACAAGAAAUCGAAACGGAAGAAAGAUCAGAAAAAUCAAGUGGAGAAAAUCAACAUUGUCCGUAGUAAUUGGGAAGUGAAAGCCGACUCACCGACGGCGCAUGGGCGGCAACUUUCUCAACCCACUGGCGAAGGCGUCGUGCUUUCCAAGGAUGUUUUCUACGGUCGCGCCAUUAUCUUAAGGGUUGGAAGUUGACCUUGGGUCUGCUCCUGUCCCUCACCCCGAGCGGUGAGUGACAGACCGUCUGUGAGCAGCACAUCUACGAGCUUUUAUUUGUCUUCAAGGGCGGGGGAAAGGAUCAUACUAUCAUAUUAUCAGCUAUAAUUACAUUUACAACAGGCAAACAAUUAUAAUAUGCAAGCCAGGUGGGUCAACUUGCAGUUGCAACCGCUAAUGAUCCAAUUGCCACGAAAAAAAGGCUUCCUAGGUAUGCAGAACCUAGAACAGCCAAAACUCAAACAAGAGCUCGAGCAGUUUCACUAUCAGAAAUACAAUUAAGGCUUCGCCUAACGCAUCCUGCUUGCUUCGUUGUUAAUAUGUAGAUGAUACUUCUUCUAUUUCUAUAACUUUACUUACCUAUAGACUAUAAGUUACUAACUGGUAGACGUAGUGUGAAGAGAUAAAUAUAAAGGAGUAGUACUAGAUCUUCAGAGAAAGCAUUCAAGGAGAGACGUUUUCAAGGUCAAAAAUAGAAAAAAGUCUCGGAAUGAAAAUGAUCUUCGAGCAGAUGGAUUUUUUUGGAUUUUUAGGGAGGUCCUGAGGAGCUCUAAUACAGCGCAACUUCUACUGAGAAUGGACGUCACGUACUGCAAAGUAGUAUGGCAUUGAUAGCGGAAAAUAGAGAUCCAAACAGCAGAUUCCGCGAGUACCUAGAUUUGGUACAAAAUGACACGAUGUUGGUGUUUACCCUGUCUGAACGACAACGAGCAAUGCUGAACGGGACGACGCAAGUUAAGAACUAAGUAGUACUUACAGAAUCAUAUUUAAUACCACAGGAAUUCGAAUUGAUGGUCUAGAACUACUUAGUAGAAUGAUAAUAUUUUGAACAAAGAAUGAUUAUUUUGAACAAGGUACAACAGGCCGUGGUCUAUAAUUGCAUCAUGCCGAUUGUUUCCUUUGUCACUCCGAGCUCGUCCACCUCCAUUUUUGUGAUGAAUACAACUAAUCGACAAAACACUACGAAAGAGAUGGCCUCCUUAGUGGAGAUGGUCCACGAUACAGCCGGCAACUUCACGCUCAUGCCUAGGUCUUCGACAAAGGUUGAACUUGAUGUGGACGUGGAGGGUCCUCGUGUCACAAGUGAGGAUCAAAAUGCUACGCUCGUGACCUGGCGAGAAGCAGAGUGGGCUGUCUCAUUAAGGCUGUAGCUAGUAGGUACUACAAACAUCUUUGGACGCAGGAUCCAUGAACAAACGUGUGGGGGAGCAUCACAAGGGACGACUCUCCUACAACACUUUUGAAGGAUGCAGUUGGAAGACGAAUUGCGGACAGUUCUAAUCUCAGUCAUCCUCAAACACGCACUUACGAUAUGGCCGAGUACUGAAGACAGACCCGAAGAUCACGGCGUAGUGGAAAGGGAUGAUAGCUCGGUAAUACUUCUAGCGAUUGACUCAAUAGGAGACUUCUAGGGUCCUCAACCUAACCUAACCAGAAGUAGAGAACUUUUGGCUUACGUGGGUUGUUGCAUUCAUGAUAGUCGAAUUUCUGGUCUCGUUCUACAUAAAAGUAAAAGGAAUUCAACAAUCUAAACCCUAACCCUUAACCAUCUACCCAUUGUUCUAUGUAUAAUUCUUCGGCCUCUGCAUUUAUUAAUAACCUUCGUUCAUCCGGUUGCUCCCUAUCCAGAAAAAACCCAUUUGACAAGUCAAAUUUUACGGCAAUGAAUAUGAAAACACUUUAAUACAGAAUUAAUAAUUAAACGCUUACGUUUCUUUUGGCCUCCAUCAAGAACAAGCGGAACCUACCUCACCCCCUCCUCCAGAUCAAAAUGCAGAUCGUGCCUCUCCCUGUGUUGCUGCAUGCAAAUUUUAUGAGUUCUACUCUUAAUCCAUCUUGUUUCCUAAGACCUUCUACCACUCAACAAGAUGGAGAAGGCUUGUUCCUAACAUUUUCUAGACCUGUUCCUGCUCUUAAGCUGAGACGGAUGAGAUUCGUCUUAGAGAAUAAGCUCUUGUUGGAGGACAUUACUUAGUCUGAGAGUAUAAGCUCUUGUUGGAGGACAUUACUUAGUCUGAGAGUAUAAGCUCUUGUUGGAGGACAUAAUUACUUAGUGGUCUUAGUCUUAGAGUGAGCUCUAGGACAUUACUUAGUCUUCGAGUGAGCUCUAACAACUACCACCCUGACGGAGGCACUGCUAUCACUUUCCAAGAGGAACGCAUUGUGGUUGACGGUCGCGACACGGAAGUGGUGCUUCAAAUAGCAAGACGAGACAUUUAAGGCUUCGUGCUGGUUCCCUAAAAAUCGUAAUUAUCCAUCUCAAUUUUUUACAUAGGGAUCCACCCCAUCAAUCUCUCAAUCGUAUGCACCCCAACAAGCAAUAAAAGGGACGAAACGUCAAAAAUAGUGACGCAUGAUACGCUUGAAUACAAUCAUUUUCACAAGGUAAGAUUAUGAAAAUUAGGGACCACGAGAGGUCCUCUAAGACAUGCCCAAAGGCGAAGAGAUGUUUCUCUAUCCUGGCAGACUCUCCAAUUCCGAUUUACUCCUACGCUACAACUUAACUUUUUCGAAAAACCACGUUGGCAUUGGGGACAACGCCACCAUGACUCCUGGCGUCCUGGGUCAGGUAAGGAAAUCGAAGCAAAAGACUGAAUUCGGGAAAUUCAAUUGCACUGCUGAAGAUUUCGAACUGCGAUUUUCACCAAGGUUAAGGCUAGUAGUUUAUCCUAUCACUAUCCCAUGUCAGCAGCGAGCAGGGCUAGCCGGCGCGUAGUUAAGAGUAGUAGAUAACUAAUCAAAGAUAGGUACUACUUCUACUUCUUGCCUGAUCUUUCUUUUUUCAGUUGUUGUAUUUUUAUUAGCGUUAGGUCUGCUCCACCAACACCAAGAUUAAGGCUAGUAGUUUAUCACUAUCCUCCCAACAUGUCAUCGAUCAGCACCAGGCUGCUAUCUACGGGGUCCGUCCUCACGGGGCCUGUGGAGUCUGAGAAAGUAUCUAUCCUGCUGGGAGGAUGGAGAAGGUCCUCUUUAUAUAUUUAUUUUUCAAGAAGAAUCCGAGGGUGCGGACACAGGGAAGAUGAUGAAUGUCCUCGCUCAACGUCAACCACCACGCUCACGGAUUAUAGUGAAUUAUCUGUAAAACUUCCAAAGCAAAAGAUCUUGCAAAAUGAAUAAAUCUAACUUCUAGAAGAGAAUAUGUAAAACUUCUAGAUUAAUAUGUAAAACUUCCAAAAGAUCUACUUGCAAAAUAAAUAAAACUAGCUUUAACAAGAGGCUAUCCCAAUCGGAGGUUUGUGCGAUGUUGGCGAGUCAAUCACCUGAUGGAGAGCGGUUGGUACACUCCUGGAUUACUGAAGAAAAUGCACCUCCUGGACAAGUGGCCACCACCUCCGGCGUACCAUGACGAAGAGCUCUGGCUCAGCUUCACCCAGGCAGAUAACGCGCUGAAUAGCUUUUUGAAAGAGGUACUAAUACUAUAGUUUAGUGCUUUUCUUGAUAAAUAUAGAAUUGCAUGCUGUGACAUCAGAUGACCAUUUUAGUUUGAUAUGAAGAUUGAUGACAUCGGAGUUGUACUUACUAGUAAGAUGAUGAGCAUGAGUACGUUCACACAAUUCACAACUUGACGACCCUUCGUUUUCAUCUUCAACCCUUUCAGAUUUAUCUGAUUCUAUCUGCACACUCACCUCAACCCACUCUCCCAGCACUGCAAAUGGCGUCGAGCGAAAUUACGGACUGGUAUGGAUCGAGACACACUGGAGGAGUUCAAGAAUUCAGAAGAGGUCAUAGACCAAAAACUCUAUAAGAUGCGCGUUGAAGAAACCAGAACUUUCAAAAACUGUCAAGAAUUGGCAGAACGCAUAUCAAACACAGACAGCAGCAGUGGGAGACGAAGCGAUCUCUGAUUCUUAAUGUGAAUACUUGAUAAGCGCAUCGAUCUCAAAAAAUUCUUGAUGCAGUGAUUUAUAAAGAUAAUUCUGCAGGAGCCGCUAAAGUCUGCCACGUCGGAUGGUAGGCCCCAACCUAACCUAACCACUUGUCACAACUACAAUGGAAGAACAGAUGAAAGCGAUGGUUUCAAGAGCUUCUCGAUUUACCAUACAGAUUAGCAAAAGCGUGCAACAUGAAAUGGUCUGCUUAAUGUGUGGUUGGUAGCUUCAUUGAGGCGGUCCUCGUGUUCAUCUCUAUCUGCUCCGUGCAUCAAAGUAGAAGGUGGAAUUUUAUCUACUAUCAGCUACACCAUCAACCUGUCUACUUGCCUGUGACGAAAGAGUAGUAGUCCUAUUCUUGUACUGGUGCUAAAUUCCUAUAGUCUAGUAAAUACUUACAAUUACACAGCAGGACACCAGGUUGUUAGCAUAAAGGGUGCAGGGCUAGAUCCAUCGGUCAUCACGUGCGAAUCGCGCCCGUCGGUCUAGCGAAAUAGAAUCUUUUGGGCACCUCAAUGGCCCCGAACGCGGGAUCUUUUGUUUUGAGUGAGCUAACUCCUAUCCUAUCCUAUCCACAACGAAUUGAGUACAACAACUCGCUACGAAAAUUGGAAUCUUCAAACAUAACGAACUCGCAAUAAAGAAGCAAAAAAA